GCAGGGCGGAAUUAGACUUCUGUCGGUUCAUUUAAUUUACCAUGCAGUGGCGUGAACCUUUCUUGAAAAUUUGUCUUUCCUUCUAGGUUUACACUUGAUUUUCAUCUCACCCCUCUUUCGUUCUCGAGAUGUUUUUCCUCUGGUCUGUGAUUAUUGGCCUUGCAACGGUUUCUUCAGCUCGUUCUUCAAAUGAUCUGGAUUGCACCGGGAUAAAUGGAAUCAAGCCUCAAUGUAAAUCGAAGGAGUCAUCCUACCAACGCGAUGUCUUCUGGGUUGGGGGACGUUAUGUAAAUGCUGCGAUUGGGUUGUUGACAUAUGAUCAAAUGUAUGUUGAGAAAUUGACGCCUCAAAAGGGUAUCGAAAAGCUUCAUCCUGUGGUCUUAUUUCAUGGUGGAGGAGUGUCUGGCGCGGUAAGUCGCAUUUCCCAGCCUUAAACAAACUAGAAUCGGCUAAUAAGGUCUAGACAUGGCUCAAUACACCUGAUAACCGUAAAGGAUUUGCAUCAAUGUUCUUAGAUUAUGGAUAUCAAGUAUACGUCGUCGAUCAGACAAGUGUAGGACGCGGAACUCAAGAAGAUCUAGUGGGGUAUCCUUUGAGAAUCGGAUCAACCGCAAAUAUUAGUGAGGUACUGUUCUUAUUCUGUCUUUAUUGGUGCUGCCAUGAAUGAGGCUUACGAUUUCCACAGGCUGGUUUCACUGCUCCACAAAUCGCGAACGCCUACCCACAAAGCCAACUGCAUACUCAAUGGCCCGGGACUGGACUUCGAGGAGAUCCUAUAUUCGAUGCUUUUGAAAGUGGAUUUAUGCCUUUAACCAACAACAAUACUCGGCAAGAGAUAUCCAUGCGCGCAGCUGGUUGUGAACUUCUUCAGCUAAUUGGUCCUUCAUUCCUGGUCUCCCAUUCUAUCGGCGCAAUUCACCCAAUUGUGAUUUCAGAUGAAUGUCCAGAUUUGGUGCUUGGUAAUGUGAAUCUCGAACCAGGAAAUAUUCCCUUCGAAUCGUAUACCGGGAACCAAACAUCAUCUGUUGGGAGAACAGCUGCUCGUCCAUUUGGUUUGACCGUCGCCAAUCUCAAUUAUGAUCCUCCUAUUUCCAGUUCCACCGAGCUCAUUACUGAGACGGUUGGUGAAGACACGCCGGAAAAAAGAUCGUGCAUACAACAAAGUAGUACCGCCCAAAACCAUAUCAUCCAUACUCUCCCCAAUAUAGCCAAGGUCCCAUACGUCGCAUUCACCGGUGAGGCCUCUCCUCACAUUACGUAUGAGCAUUGUGUAAUCAAUUAUCUCAAUCAAGUUGGAGUAAAAGCCGAUUGGAUCAAGAUGGCUGAUGUCGGUGUUCAUGGCAAUGCUCAUUUUGGAUUUCUGGAGAAGAAUAAUGUCGAAUACUUCGAGGUCGUUGAAAACUGGAUCAAGCUGGCAUCGAAGGGGAAUUGAUUCAUAAAUUCCGGAGGAUAUCCACAAUGAAAGGUGGAAAAAGGAAGUUUUGAGAGUGAGAUGGAUCCUGUAAACUUAUAAUUAGCUCCCCUAGAGGCUUGUAUAUAUUCACCAUAGUAAUUGCCCCAUUAGGAGAUGGUUUUGGCGAGAUAAUAAUGUAAUUCCAUUGACCCCCUAGGUUAU